GAGUGUCAACAAACCACGAAAUGGCGGCGAGUGUCUGAGUGACGGAGUGAGGAGAGAGAAUGUGUAGUGAUAGAGGAGAGAAAGAGACGUGAAACAAAGCGAAAUACAUUAAAAAAAGAAGGGAAGCAGGAAUACACGAGGAACACAGUCACAAGUAUCGUAUCACAGGCCACAGAAGGACAAUACCACGUGAACUAUUGUGCUGGUGACACAUCCGGCCAGGCGGCGACACACACGGAGCAGUGACACUCCCUCCGCGCAAUCAGCAUGGCAGGAGAGACGGAGCGCACCCAGAUAUCCUUUGCGUGUGAGUCAGCUGAGGACUUUACCAAACGCUACUAUGAAUAUGUUGACAAGAUGCGGCACAAGCUGUCCAAGCUGUACCUGGACGGGGGUCGGCUGGUGUGGAAUGGCAACGUGGUGGAAGGCAACGCCAUGAUACAGAAAUUCUACGAGGACCUGCCCACCAGCCUGCACAUUGUUACCUGCCUUGACGCCCAGCCUGUGCGGAGUGAGGCGGUGGGGCAGCAGUCCACCAUACAGGUCACCACGUCGGGCUUUGUGACCCUCAAGGACCGCAAGUAUCCCUUCAACCAGUCGUUCGUCACCGUUAAGGAUGACAAGUGGAAGGUGGUCACUGAUGUCUUCCGCUUCCAGUCCGCUCCUGCUUAACUAUGCUCUCGCUCUCUCUCAUUUUAUGGUUUUGUUUCUCUCUCUAUUUUUCUCCUAUCUUUUCCUUCUUACUCUUAUUCCUGUCUUUAUUUAUCUCUUCCUUCCUCUCUAAUUUCUCUCCUGCCUCUCUUUCCAGUUUUCUCAAACACCUUUUCUUCCUUCUAUUAAUCCAUACUUCUAUUUACCACUACUCAUUCUUCCUAUAUCCCCCAUCAAAUGCUCUCUCUGCUUUGAGAUGCCCUUCCCUCCCUCCAUAAGGAUCUUAAUAUAUUUGUAAUAAGAUUUUUAUAUACGUAGUUUGAAUACCCGAGUAAAUUGAUUUUUUGUAUAUAAUGAUGA